GUUCAAUUUAGUGAGUCGUUUGGUGAAUUAUUCUAUGCAACUCUGUCGUAAGCUAAUUUUGCCAAAAUAUAGUUUUAAGCAUUUGCAUUAAGAAUGUUUUCAUUGUUGCACAAAGAGGAAAAUGCUCACGACAAUGCACUCUGGGCAUGCGCCUGGGGUCGCGACCCGGAGCCGGCUAGUGACGAGGGGGAGGAUGUGGUAGAGGAAGAAAAUCCGUUUGAUUUUGACAAAAAAGAGAAAAAACCAACAGAUUUCAUUGUGACCGGGGGUCUGGACGACCUGGUGAAAGUAUGGGAUGUACGUGAAGAUAAUACACUGAAACUGCGACACAAGCUAAAGGGCCAUGCUCUUGGUGUCGUGUCCGUUGCCGUCAGCUCUGAUGGUCAAACAAUUGCCAGCAGCUCGUUAGACUCCAGCAUGUGCCUUUGGAAUGCCAGGACUGGCGAUAAGAAACAUAUGUUAACAUUCGGUCCAGUUGAUUUAUGGACGGUGGGAUUCUCGCCGUGCAACAAGUAUGUCAUUUCUGGCUUAAAUGAUGGUAAGAUCUCUAUGUACAGCGUGGAAACUGGAAAAGCCGAACAAGUGCUGGAUGCCCAAAAUGGCAAAUACACGCUCAGCAUUGCAUAUAGUCCUGAUGGCAAGUACAUCGCAAAUGGCGCAAUUGAUGGCAUCAUUACCAUCUUCGAUGUGGCUGCUGGCAAAGUAGCGCAAACGCUUGAAGGCCACGCCAUGCCUGUGCGCAGCCUUUGCUUUUCGCCCAACUCCCAAAUGUUGCUAACCGGCUCUGACGAUGGACACAUGAAGCUGUACGAUGUUGCACAUUCCGAUGUGGUUGGUACACUAUCUGGCCACGCCUCCUGGGUGCUGUGCGUCUCUUUCUCGGAGGACGGCAAGCACUUUGCCAGCUCGUCCAGUGAUCGCAGUGUAAAAGUCUGGGAUACAGCGGAGCGAAAAUGUCUGCACACCUUUAACGAGCACACAGAUCAAGUCUGGGGUGUGCGCUACAGCCCUAGCAACGAUAAAGUAAUAUCAGCUUCAGAAGACAAGUCUCUCAACGUUUAUAACUGUCCAUCCAAUGCCAUUGUGUGAUCCAUAAGAAGCGCAGUCGCAGUUUGUAAAAUAAAACAUAGUUUUAAAUU